AUGGGGACGAUGGAGAGUGGGGAGGAGGUACGGCUGGGAGGUAAUGAGGAGAGGAUAUUCGUGUCAGUGCGGUUGAGGCCUUUGAAUGAGAAGGAGAUCGCCAGGAAUGAUGCAUCGGAUUGGGAGUGUAUCAACGAUAGCACCAUUAUUUACAAGAAUGCUAAUCUAUCGGCGCCGGAGCGGUCAAUGUUCCCAACUGCUUACGCAUUUGACAGAGUAUUUAGGAAAAGUUGCUCCACAAGGCAGGUGUAUGAGGAAGGAGCCAAGGAGGUUGCUCUUUCAGUUGUCCGUGGCAUCAAUUCAAGCGUUUUUGCUUAUGGACAAACAAGCAGUGGAAAAACAUAUACCAUGACUGGAAUAACCGAGUAUACCAUAGCAGAUAUAUAUGACUACAUACACAAGCACCCUGAAAGAGAAUUCCUCUUGAAGUUCUCUGCCAUGGAGAUCUACAAUGAGUCAGUCAGGGACCUCCUUAGUGCAGAUAGCACUCCACUUAGACUUCUAGAUGAUCCAGAGAGAGGCACUGUUGUUGAGAAACUCACGGAGGAAAUUGUGAGGGACUGGAAUCAUGUGCUGGAUCUUCUUUCUGUUUGUGAAGCUCAGAGACAGAUUGGAGAGACCUCCCUCAAUGAAACAAGCUCCAGAUCUCAUCAAAUCAUCAGACUGACAAUUGAAAGUUCUGCUCGUGAAUUUGUAAGGAGGGAUAAUUCACGCGCCCUUGUAGCUGCUGUGAAUUUUGUUGAUCUGGCUGGAAGUGAGCGUGCAUCUCAGUCAUUAGCAGCUGGCACAAGGUUAAAAGAAGGCUGCCACAUCAAUCGCAGUUUACUAACCCUGGGAACUGUUAUCCGCAAGCUAAGCAAGGGAAGAAAUGGGCAUAUUCCUUUCAGAGAUUCUAAGCUUACCCGCAUAUUGCAAUCCUCGUUAGGAGGCAAUGCCAGAACAGCCAUCAUCUGUACCAUGAGCCCUGCGCGAAGUCUUGUUGAGCAAUCCAGAAAUACACUCCUAUUUGCAAGUUGUGCCAAAGAAGUGACCACCAAUGCCCAAGUUAAUGUUGUCAUGUCAGAUAAAGCAUUGGUAAAACACUUGCAGAGAGAAUUGGCUAGAUUGGAGAGCGAGUUGAGUAGUCCAGGAUCUACUUAUGUUACAUCAAACUAUGCUGCAUUACUGCAAGAGAAAGACCUUAAAAUUGAAAAGCUGGAGAAUGAGUUAAGAGAUCUUACUUUGCAACGAGACGCUGCUAAGUCUCAGGUUCAGGACUUGCUAAGACUGGUCAGAGAUGAAGGAAAUUCAUUGAUAAGGGUAGGUUUGGGUCAGUACCCUAACUUGCGAGUGAGGAGAUCACCAGAAUUUCAAAUCACAAUGCCAGAGACAUCAAUUUUGGCAGAUCCUCAAUCACUGGAUGUUGUUGUACGAGCAUUUGGUGCAUCUAAGUACUCUGACAAUCACAGUAGUAGUUCUGAUGAUGACUAUAUACAACUCCCUGACUUUGAGGAGAAGGUUUUGCUCAAUAAUAAAUCUCCAAGGCUACUGCUAAAUACUUCACAUUUUAGCGACAGCGAUUCAUGUAACGGGUGGGAGAAUAUUGAAAACCAAAGUAAUGGAACUUCUGAGGAUCUGUGCAAGGUAGUUCAGUGUAUUGAAACAGAAGAGUCUAGUACAAAAAGAUAUUUAGAUUCCUAUUAUUUGUCUCAAAACAAUACUGGAACCUCAGCGCAGACAGAGGUUGGGAAUGGAGACAGAUCACAUCAAGAAUCGGAAUCAGAAUCUCCUUUGCUGAAAGAAGAUGGAGAACUGGUGUUGCCACCCUUGAAGGAAGGUAGAGAGUUGGGUUUACUGCCACUGAAGGAUGAUCGAGAAGUCGUGUCACCACUAUUGAAGGAAGAUAGGGAAUUGGUGUCACUGCCAUUGAAGGGAGAUAGAGGGUUAAAUUGCAUGCAUCCUUUUGUUGUUUCUAAUGAAAAACCAUCUCCAUGGCAUGAUAUGACAAACUUAUCCAGCUCUGAAAGCUUAAAAUUAACCAAAAGCAGAAGUUGCAAAGCAAGCUUCAUGACUAGCCUGUCUUCUCCAUGUUUUUAUGAGGUAGAAAACCAUGAUAACACACCACCAAAUGUAUCUAAGAAAAACUUCACUGGAAGACCAGAGAGCUUUCGAAGGAAGUAUUCUACCCUAAACUAUGGUGCUGGUUUUGAAAAAUUAUCAAGAAAAGGUUUUCAAUCUUCUCUAGGGAGUGCUGUUGAUAUUGAGCUUGAAACACAGAAUGAGGGAGCUUCAACUGAUGAGUAUGUCACCGGUGUCAACACAUAUGUUGCAGGAAUGGACAUGGAUGAGAUUCAGCAUGAUAAACUAGUGUCUAAUAUUCCAGUAAAGGACAUUGAAGCAAAGGCUGAUGAAUCUUUAAAGAAUGUCAAAGAUGUUGGGUUGGAUCCAAUAGAAGAUGAUUUUGAAAAUCUUUCAAAUGAAUCUUUAAAGAAUGUCAAAGACGUCGGGUUGGAUCCAAUAGAAGAUGAUUCCAAAAGCCUCUCACAUUGGCCAUCAGAAUUCAAGAAUCUCCAAAGAGAAAUUAUUAAACUUUGGCAUGCUUGCAAUGUGUCUUUGGUGCACAGAACGUACUUCUUCCUGCUAUUCAAAGGUGACCCAACAGACUCCAUAUACAUGGAGGUAGAGCUCAGGAGGCUGUCAUUCCUCAAAGACACAUUUUCCCGGGGCAAUCAAACUGUAGAAAAUGGUCGGACUCUCACUCCCGCUUCAAGCCUGAAGGCUCUCCGUCGUGAGAGACACAUGCUGAGCAAGCAAAUGCACAAGAGGUUCACAGAACAAGAUAGAGAGAGCCUCUUCCUCAAAUGGGGUAUUGGGUUGCAUACUAAGCACAGGAGGUUGCAACUGGCCUUGAGGUUGUGGACCAGAACAGAAGAUAUAGAUCACAUUGCAGAUAGUGCCUUUAUUGUUGCAAAGCUGGUUGGAUUUAUCGAGCCAGGGAAGGCCCCCAAGGAGAUGUUUGGGCUUAAUUUUGCUCCACGGCGCACAAUGAGAUCCUAUAGUUUGAAACAGAGCUUGAUCUCUCUCUUGUAAGGUCUUUUAGGAAUGCAAGAGGAAACAUUUUGUGGCAAUUUGAUAUGUCCUGGCUCCAUUUGCAGGUAUGAUUUUAAAAAAAAAUUUUCCCACUGAUUUCCACCUUAUAGCGUCUAAUUCUGAUUGAGACAAUUGUAGUGAGGCUUGUACAUUUACUCGGACUACAAUGAUAGUACAAUUGUGGUAUUGUUGCCUCCCUCCUCUGUUGUAUAGGAUGCCUUCAAAACUAAUUCAGCUUGAAUAAUAUUAUAUAAAACAUACGAGAUAUUUAUUUCUC